AUGACUCCACUCUUUACAAAGGCAUUUGCCUUUAUUCUUUUGUCGCUCUUUUCGAUAGUGUUGGCGCAAGAUGAUGGCUACAUUGGAUAUCGUCUUGACCAACGCGGAGACCCAGACUCUGCCGUGUACGAGACAGAGGAGACAGACACCAGCACUGGCGGCGUCGCUCUCCCAACGGACCCAGAUGUAUACCUAAACGCAUCGGUUCAUGUCGGCGAGAUUGAUAUUGAAGUCGACAACAUUACUGCAAAGGUCAACCUCGAUGCCAAGGUGUUAAAUCUGCUGCAUUUCACUGCAGGUGUCGAUGCAUCUAUUGACCGGGUCAAGUUGACUAUUCAAAAUGUCACGGCCAAAGUGUAUUUGGAGGCGCGGCUGGAGAACGUUGUCGCCAUGGUGGACGACGUGCUCUCAUCUAUCGACCUGAACCCCAUCGUCGCCACACUUGGCAAUGUUGUGGAAAAUGUGGUUGGCAACGUGACAGACGAGCUGGGAGGAGGCUCAAGCAGUACGACCACGUCGGCCGCUGCGACUUCUAGCACGGCGACUGCUGCUAAGCGGUCACUCAACGCUCUCGACUACAACAUGGCACACAACAUUCUCUACUCGGUCAACAACUACGCGGGCUCAACUCACACGAACCGCAUCCUGGGCCAGAACGGCACCAUUUGGGACGUUAGCCUAGACAAUAGCGGCAACGAGAAGGGCCGCAAGAAUGUCGGCUUCUACAGCCGCGACAUGACCUUUACGGGCCACAACAAGACCAUCAUCUUCAACGGCGUGACCGAGUACGAGCUCGGCUACCGGUACGCGCCAUACCCCGGCCUGGACGUGUACUCCCACAUUAUCAUGAACGAGGCCGGCAGCGUCAUCCAGACCAAGAUUGUGUCCGAGGCUGAGGCUGGUGGCACGAGCACCAUUAGCGAUGACACGAACCCAGAAUUGCUUAGGAAAUAA